AUGCUGCAGCAAGAUGCAUUAUCUCGUAUACAACGGCAGCUAGACGGGUUGAGCUCCGCUGAAAGCUCGCCUCUUUCCUCUCCUAACGAUUUCUUUAAAGACCCCGAAGAUACUGCAGCAGCAGCAGCAACUGCUGCUGCUGAUGAUGAUGAUGCUGAUGCUGCAGCAGCAGACGAUGCAGCAGCAGGCGCACCGGGAGAGCGCGCAGCCGUAGCAACGAAUGGCGCAGCAGCAGCAACAUCAUCAGCAGCAGCAGCAACAACAUCAGCAGCAGCAGCAGAUCAAGAGGAGGAUGAAGAAGAAUUUAACAUGCAUUUGCUUCUUAAAGAGGGCCGUCGUCGCCGCCGUGCAGCAGCUUCGCAGCAGCAGCAGCAGCAGCAGCGUGCUGCCGUGUGUCUACCUUCUGUAGAGGAGGCUUUAGAAGAAGGAGAGAAGAAGGUGCGGAUGAAGAAGCAGCAGCAAGAGCAGCUGGCAGCAGCAAGAGCAGCAGCAGCAGCGGUAGAAGACAUACAGCAUGUUGCUGCUGCUGCUGCUGCUGCUCCUCGGUCAAAUUCAAACCAGAGCAAACAGAAGCAGCAGCAAGUGUACGUAGGCCUGCCUGUAGGCGUAGGCUGGCAUGUCCCUCUCGUGGGUAUAGAGGGGCCUGGGGGGUAUAAGCAAACAAAGACAGAAGAAAAACAAGCAGAAGAUCAGCCCCGUAAGAAGGCGAAGACCGUGAAAGAGAGAGAAAAGUUAAAAAGAAUGAAGGGGCAGUCAUCGCAUGCAACGUGGAAGCCAGAGACAUGGAUGCAGCUUCGACAGCAAUUUGAUUAA